CCUCCCCCCGUGACCCCCGACCCCCGCCGGCCGGCCCCCAGCCCCAGCCCCGGAGGGAGCUCAUGGGAGUAUGAAGGAGAUGGUAGGAGGCUGCUGCGUAUGUUCGGACGAGAGGGGCUGGGCCGAAAACCCGCUGGUCUACUGCGAUGGGCACGCGUGCAGCGUGGCCGUCCACCAAGCUUGCUAUGGCAUUGUCCAGGUGCCCACGGGACCCUGGUUCUGCAGGAAGUGUGAAUCUCAGGAGCGAGCAGCCAGGGUGAGGUGUGAGCUGUGCCCACACAAAGAUGGGGCAUUGAAGAGGACAGACAAUGGAGGCUGGGCCCACGUGGUGUGUGCCCUCUACAUCCCUGAGGUGCAGUUUGCCAACGUGCUCACCAUGGAGCCCAUUGUGCUGCAGUACGUCCCGCACGAUCGCUUCAACAAGACCUGUUACAUCUGUGAGGAACAGGGCCGGGAGAGCAAAGCUGCCUCAGGAGCCUGCAUGACCUGUAACCGCCACGGAUGUCGACAGGCUUUUCACGUUACCUGUGCCCAGAUGGCAGGCCUGCUGUGUGAGGAAGAAGUGCUGGAGGUGGACAAUGUCAAGUACUGCGGCUACUGCAAAUACCACUUCAGCAAGAUGAAGACAUCCCGGCACUCCGGUGGUGGUGGGGGAGGCGGCAGUGGCGGCGGCGGUGGCAGCGGGGGCGCAGGAGGAGGCAGCGGCGGGGGCGUCAGCAGUGGGACCAGCGGUGGCGGAGGUGGUACAGGGGGAGGCAGCGGCAGCGGCGGAGGCAACAGCUUCCUCACUGGCAGCAGAAGCCGCUCCGCCUCACCAUCCACCCAGCAGGAGAAGCACCUUACCCACCACGAGAAGGGCCAGAAGAAGAGUCGGAAGGAUAAAGAACGCCUUAAACAGAAGCACAAGAAGCGGCCUGAGUCCCCCCCCAGCAUCCUCACCCCGCCUGUGGUCCCCACUGCUGAUAAGGUCUCCUCAGCUACUGCUUCCUCCCACCACGAGGCCAACCCUCAGGAGACCUCUGAGAGCGGCAGGGACUCAAAGGGGAAAAAGCCUUCCAGCCAUAGCCUGAGUCAUAAGGGGAAGAAACUGAGCAGCGGGAAAGGUGUGAGCAGUUUUACCUCCACCUCCUCCUCUUCCUCCUCCUCUUCCUCUUCUUCCUCCUCCUCUGGGGGGUCUUUGCAGCCUGCAGGCUCAUCCUUGCAGAGCUCUCCGGACUUCGCCGCAUUCCCCAAGCUGGAGCAGCCUGAGGAAGACAAGUACUCCAAGCCCACGGCCCCCACUCCGCCAGCCCCUCCCUCGCCCACGGUCCCUGAGCCGCCGAAAGCUGACCUCUUCGAGCAGAAGGUGGUCUUCUCUGGCUUUGGGCCCAUCAUGCGCUUCUCUACCACCCCCUCCAGCUCCAGCCGGGCCCGAGCCCCCUCACCUGGGGACUAUAAGUCUUCCCAUGUUUCCGGGGCCGGGGCCUCGGCAGGCACGCAUAAGCGGAUGCCUGCACUGAGUGCCACCCUUGGACCUGCUGAGGAGGCCCCUGAGACGGGCCUGAAGGAGAAGAAGCACAAAGCCAGCAGGAGGAGCCGACACGGGCCAGGCCGUCCUAAGGGUAGCCGAGGCAAGGAGGGCGCCCCAGGCCCGACUGCCUCCCUCCCUGGGGCUCAGCUGGCUGGUUUCACUGCUACUGCGGCCUCACCCUUCUCCGGAGGGUCCCUGGUCAGCUCUGGCCUUGGGGGUCUGGCCUCCCGGACCUUUGGGCCUUCAGGAAGCUUGCCCAGCCUGAGCCUGGAAUCCCCUCUACUGGGGGCAGGAAUCUACACCAGUAAUAAAGACCCCAUCUCCCAUGGUGGAGGGGUGCUGCGGGCUGUCUGCAGCACCCCACUCUCUUCCAGCCUCCUGGGGCCCCCAGGGACCUCAGCCUUGCCCCGCCUCAGCCGAUCCCCGUUCACCAGCACCCUCCCAUCCUCUUCUGCUUCCAUCUCCACCACUCAGGUGUUUUCUCUGGCUGGCUCUACCUUCAGUCUCCCUUCUUCCCACAUCUUUGGAACCCCCAUGGGCACUGUUAACCCCCUCCUGACCCAGGCUGAGAAUAGCCACACAGAGCCAGACCUAGAAGACUGCAGCUUCCGGUGUCACGGGACCUCCCCCCAGGAGAGUCUCUCUUCCAUGUCACCCAUCAGUAGCCUCCCUGCGCUCUUCGACCAGACAGCAUCGGCCCCCUGUGGGGGUGGCCAGUUAGACACCACAGCCCCGGGGACGACGAAUAUGGAGCAGCUGCUCGAGAGGCAGGGCGAUGGAGAGGCUGGUGUCAACAUUGUGGAGAUGCUGAAGGCCCUGCAUGCCCUGCAGAAGGAAAACCAGCGACUGCAGGAGCAGAUCCUGAGCCUGACCGCCAAGAAGGAGCGACUCCAGAUCCUCAACGUGCAGCUCUCUGUGCCCUUCCCUGCUCUGCCCGCCGCCCUGCCCGCCACUAAUGGCCCCAUCCCAGGACCCUACGGGCUGCUUCCUCAAGCGGGCGGCAAUGACUCCUUGAGCACCAGCAAGAGCCCUCCAGGGAAGAACAGCCUGGGCCUGGACAACUCCCUGUCCACGUCUUCCGAGGACCCACACUCAGGCUGCCCGAGCCGCAGCAGCUCAUCGCUGUCCUUCCACAGCACGCCCCCACCGCUGCCCCUGCUCCAGCAGAGCCCUGCCACUCUGCCCUUGGCCCUGCCCGGGGCCCCUGCCUCGCUCCCACCCCAGCCACAGAACGGGCUGGGCCGGGCACCUGGAGCAGCGGGGCUGGGGGCCAUGCCCAUGGCGGAGGGGCUAUUGGGUGGGCUGGCAGGUAGCGGGAGCCUGCCCCUCAAUGGGCUUCUGGGGGGGUUGAACGGGGCUGCUGCUCCCAACCCUGCGGGCUUGAGCCAGGCUGGCGGGGCCCCCACGCUUCAGCUGCCAGGUUGUCUCAACAGCUUGACAGAGCAGCAGAGACGUCUCCUUCAGCAACAAGAACAGCAACUCCAGCAGCUCCAGCAGCUCCUGGCCUCGCCACAGCUGACCCCAGAGCACCAGACUGUGGUCUACCAGAUGAUCCAGCAGAUUCAGCAGAAACGGGAGCUUCAGCGGCUGCAGAUGGCUGGGGGCUCCCAGCUGCCCAUGGCCAGUCUGCUGGCUGGAAGCUCCACCCCACUGCUGUCCGCGGCGGCGGGCACCCCUGGCCUGCUGCCCACAGCAUCGGCCCCACCCCUGCUGCCCGCUGGAGCCCUGGUGGCCCCUUCCCUCGGCAGCAAUACAAGUCUCAUGGCUGCAGCAGCUGCGGCCGCAGCAGUAGCAGCAGCAGGCGGACCCCCAGUCCUCACUGCCCAGACCAACCCCUUUCUCAGCCUGCCUGGGGCAGAUGCCGGUGGGAGCGGCCCCAAAGGAGGGACCGCUGACAAAGGAGCUUCAGCCAGCCAGGAAAAAGGCUAACUCCAUCCACUCUGCCCCUCCUGACCCCUACACGGCUUGAGGGUCCUUGUCCGGAAUGGGUUCCUAGGCCCAGACUCUGGAGAGCCAGGCCCAGAGCCUGUGCUGAUGCCCAGGGAGUGUGUGCUGGAGUUCCAGGUGCUGUGGGGAGAGACUGGAGGGGCCUUCCCUUCCACCUGCCCGUUCCCUACUGCGCUGGCUGCUUCAGGAGAGAGGGUCAGGGGGAGCAGGCUCCAGGCCUGCCUCGGAGCCCCCAUCCUCCACAGAUGCCUAGGGGCCCCCCAAAGAGCAAAGUAGGUCAUGGCAUAGGACGUGGAGAGUUGGUUGGACCUACCGCAUAAACCAGUGAGCACUUGAAUGGGGAAGGUGAAGGGUGGGCCCUUGGGCCUCUCCCGGUGUGGAAAUCCUCACGGAAAAAGGGCUGGUCCCAGUCCACCUUCAGUUUCUUCCCAGCAGAAGGUGUAUCCCUUUGACUGUUUCUCAUCAUCCCUCCCCACUGAGGGUCACAAGCUGAGCUUGGAAAAGCCUACAGAUGUGGGGGGCUGAGGAAGGGCAGGAUAGCACCUCUUGGGGCCCUGUGAUGGGGCUGGGCGGGGCAAAGUCCCUCGCUGUCCUUGCUGUCCUGCCCCUUUUUGCACUAUUGGCUUGAGGAGUUGCCGAGGGUGGGGAGAGGGAGCUGCCUGACUCCACAGAGCGUGAGUGUGAGCGUGAGCGUGUGUGUGAGUGUGUGUGUGUUGGUCAGUCUGUUUAACCCGUCUGUCUGUCACCUCAUUCUCUGGACCUGGGGCAGCCAAGGGCAAGGACAGGAGCAGGGGCUGGCACCAGACCCGGAGUUUCCUAGCUCUUGUAGCCCCUGCCAACCCCCUCACCCACCCUGGUCCUUUUCCAGGGCAUGAAUGAAUGAACUUUUAAAGAGAACAGAACAGUACUCCAGUAUUGGAGAAUUCCUGGGGGCUGGGGGCUCUGUAUCAGGGUAAUAUCCUACCUUCCCUCCUCUGGACCCCGUUCCAUCUCAGGGCCCCUCGGGGCCUCCUCCCCCACUGGUAGUUUGGUCUUUCCUGGCACACGUGAGCAGGGGAGGGGCGAGGUGCCACCUCGGGAAGCGCGUCUCCCUCUCGGAAGUCGCUAGCCUGCCUCUUAAGCCCACUUCACCGGCUCGUAGAGCCACUUAAGCUAACAAAGUCCCUUUCACCCACCAGCUAUUUCCAGGGUGUAGUAGUAGGUGGCAGAGUUGAUCUGCCCAGGGCCGUUGUGAAAAAACAUGGAGUGGGACAUGGGAGCGCAGCCGGCGAGGCCUCUGUCCCUUUUGGUUGCACUGGCUGGGACUGAGUGAGGGUCCGUUCCAGCUUUCCCUAACGUUCCUGUCUGUGGGCCUCUUUGCAUGUGUGCAUUUUGGUGUGUUUCUGUUUGGGUUUUGUUAUUGGGGGUUUUUUUGUUGUUGGUUUUUUUUUUUUUUUUAAUAAAAAAAAAGAUGUGUAUAUUUUUGGCAAUGACAGAAACGUAGUGCAGAUAUAUUUUUGCCUGUGCUGCUCAACUGUUUUUUUUCUGAUAUGGAAAAUAAUAUUAAUAUUCCUGUUGAUAAGACUUCGUAAGAUAUUAGGGUGGGUUGGGAACCUUCAGAGGCAAAUUCUUUGGCACUAGGAACGAUUGGGGGGGGGCAUUUGUGAUGACCUCAGAAAUACUUUUCUAACUGCUUAGUAUAGAAGGACAUUUUCAUCUUUGCGGCUCUCACUUCUUAUCCAAAAGCCAGUGAGUCUUCAGAUUCUUAGACGAUUUGCUUAUCCAGGCCCACACCGUUGCCCCAGCCACCAUUGAGAACCAAGUGGCCACUGCUGCGAUGUCUGGAAAGCCAUCACAUGUGAAGCAGGAGCGCUAGGUGCCCUGGACCAGAUGCUCCCCCUCCCCAGUCACUCUGAUCUUUGGAACCCUAGUCUCAACUUUCCGGAGCUUUUUUUCCAACUUUGGGCCAGGAUGCCCUGGCAGGUAGUCAGGUUAGAUUUGCUGAGAGCUCUGGGCCUUGCAUGGAUUGGUGCUGCUCUUUUUUAGUUUUUCAAAACAAGGUUUCUCUGUGUAGCCCUGGUUUUCUGUCCUGGAACUCACUCUAUAGACCAGGCUGGCCUCGAACUCAGAGAUCUGCGUGCCUCUGCCUCCUGAGUGCUGGGAUUAAAGGCCGCCACCGCCACCGCUUGGUGGUGUUUCUCCUUAUGCUGAGGAACAAGGGAAGUUGUGACACUCUUGGCGCGGCUCACAGGGAAACUUACCAUGACCCUUGAAAGGGAGCAGAGGCCUGCAGGAUGGCCAUAAUGACCUCACAUCUUCCAGCCUUGGUCAUCUUUUUUUUUUUUUUUUUUUUUUUUUUUUUUUUCUU